CAUGGCUCCGGGAGGCGGGCUGCGGAGGAAGGCGGCGGCGGGGCCGGGGCAGCUGAGCGGGCCGCCCUUCCUGCGCCGGCUCUGGCACGACAAGCACCUGGUGCUCUUCGAGCCGCAGUACACGCCGCUGGUGGCCGCCUGCCUCUGCCUGGCGGAAGUGGGGGUCAACCACUGGGUCAUCCAGAGGGUGGCCUAUACAGAGAUUGACUGGAAAGCCUACAUGGAUGAGGUGGAGGGUGUUGUCAAUGGGACCCUGGAUUACAUCCAACUGAAGGGAGACACAGGCCCCCUUGUAUAUCCUGCUGGCUUUGUUUACAUAUUCCUGGGUCUGUAUUAUGCCACUGACCAUGGAACCAACAUCCGCCUGGCCCAGUAUUUUUUUGCUGUGCUUUACCUCACCACAUUAUUACUUGUUUUCCGCAUCUACAGCCGAACCAAUAAGGUCCCCCCCUAUGUUUUCUUCUUCAUGUGUUGCGCCUCCUACCGCAUUCACUCAAUCUUUGUUCUGCGCCUUUUCAACGAUCCAGUUGCCAUGGCAAUCCUUUUCCUGGCUCUCAACCUCUUCCUGGAGGAGCGGUGGUCCUGGGGCUGCUUGUGUUUCAGCCUGGCUGUGUCCGUGAAAAUGAAUAUUCUGCUCUUUGCGCCAGGUCUGCUCUUCCUUCUCCUGUGGCGCUUUGGUCUCCUAGGUGCCAUUCCCAAGCUCGCCAUCUGUGCAGCCCUGCAGGUGGUUCUCGGGUUGCCCUUCCUGGUGGCAAAUCCCGUAGGGUACCUGACCCGUUCCUUUGAUCUGGGCCGCCAGUUCCUCUUCGAGUGGACGGUGAAUUGGCGAUUCUUGCCAGAAGAGAUUUUCCAACAUCGGGGUUUCCACCUGGCGCUGCUGGUCGCCCACUUGACCGCCUUGGGGCUCUUUGCACUGAACAGGUGGUACAGAUCUGAGGAGAGAAUCCUGUCCCUGCUGAAGAAUCCUGUGGAGAGAAAGACCCCAGCCCAGCCCCUCUCCGCCAACGAGGUGAUCUUCCCCCUCUUCACGUCCAAUUUCAUUGGUGUUUGCUUCAGCCGCUCCUUGCAUUACCAGUUCUAUGUCUGGUAUUUCCACACCCUCCCCUACCUGCUCUGGUGCACACCUCCCAAGAAGCUUGACCACCUGCUGAAGGUGCUGAUCCUGGGUCUGAUUGAGCUUUCCUGGAACACGUACCCCUCGACAGUGUACAGCUCGGCUACCCUGCACGUCUGUCAUGGCAUCAUCCUUCUGCAGCUCUGGUACGGGACGGUGCCCUCCUCAACUUCCCAGGAAGAACAGCAGGCUUCCAAAAAGGCCGAGUAGGAACUGAACAAGAACAGCUUCUGACACACACGAAUUCCUCUACACAAUAUCCCGAUCAGGAACCCGACGCAAGACGUGGCAAAGUGCAAGAGGGGGCCCAGAGGGCAAAGGGCAAGCUUUGCCCGCGGGAGUCCACAUCCUCCGUCCUGGCAUCUCUCGGGUGGCAGGGCUGGGAAGACACCUACCUCGGGCCUCGGCGAGCCAUUGGAGCGGACGAUACGCAGCAAGAGACAUCGCGGCUUUACCUCCGUGUAAGGCAGCGCACGAUGUUCGGUACAUGGUAAAAUCGAGUGUGCUGCA